AUGUACACAUUUGAAGACAUUUCUAGCGAAGUGAAUGAAAUCUAUCCGUCGGUGAAAUACUUAAUUUGGUCUAAAGAUGUGAAUAACAACACGUAUUCAACAAAAUUUACAUCUCAAUCAUUUUCGCAUCUCUUGGAUAACUAUUCAAAGAAUAGUCUCGAUAUUUACCACAAGCGAAAUUUUAGCGACCAUUUGGUAUACAUAUUCACUUCGGGCACAACCGGUGGUAAAGUAAAGGCCGCCAUUGAAACUGACGCCCGGAUGUUGUUGGGCGCGAGUGGCCAUCACAUCGGCUAUAAGCUCAGGAAGAAUGACAACAUAUACGUGCCGUUACCCUUAUAUCAUGCUUUCGCUGGGAUUGGUUUAUAUAUCGGCGAGACGUGUAGGUAUUUGUUGUCUCAAACACCCAAACCAGAGGAUACUAAGCAUCAGAUCAGAGCCAUGUGUGGCAUAGGGUUGAGAAAAGCCUAUUGGAAUCAAUUCAAGACCCGCUUCGCUAUCAAACAUAUCUUUGAGUUUUACGGCGCCUCCGAAGCCAAUGUCUAUUUGGUUAACCUCAACGAUAAAGAGGGCUCAUGUGAUCCAAUGAGUUUAGAGCCGGUGCGCAACCGGAAAGGCCUGUGCAAAAUGAUCAGACCGGGUGAAAUCGGGGUCAUUGUUGGCGUUCACAACAAGAUUAGUCCACUUCACGAGUUUAAAGGAUAUACUGAUAGCGGAGAGACUAACAAGAAGUGGAUCUUUAAUAUUAGAUCUAAGGGUGACUCCGGUUUUAUGUCC